CGAUGGCAACAGUACCAUGGAUUUAGACGAGGGAUCUACCUGUACCCAUGUGAUGAGCACGAAAAGGACCGCAUGGACAUUUGCCACAAGCUGUUCAGCAUCGCCCGACGAGGCCAAUUGCACAAUGCGCCGGUCAGCGCAACCUCCAACCCGUACAGUCCAACGCGUAUCAUGGAUUUAGGUUGCGGAACGGGUAUCUGGGCUAUCGAUAUGGCAGACAAGUUCCCCCACGCCGAGGUUGUCGGUUUGGACCUGGUCAACAUUCAACCUGAAAAGAUCCCGCCGAAUCUGCGAUUCCGAAUUCCUCGAGACUACGAAGCACCAUGGACCUAUGGAGAGGAAUCCUGGGAUUUGAUCCAUAUUCAAAUGGGCUGUGGCAGUGUUUCCAGCUGGCCAGAGCUGUAUCAAAAAAUCUUCGCACACCUCAAACCAGGGUCUGGUUGGAUUGAGCAGGUCGAAAUAGACUUCCAGCCCCGAUGCGAUGAUGGAACGUUACGACCAGAGUCCCACGUCGUUCAGUGGUAUCAAUAUCUCGCCGAAGCCACCGGUCGUGUGUCUAAGUCGAUCACAUAUGAAUCGAAUACGGGGCAUAUUCUGCGGUCAGCGGGAUUCAUCGACAUCCAAGAGACUGUCAUUCGGGCGCCGUAUAACGGUUGGCCAGCGGAUCCCCAUCAAAAACACAUUGGGCGUUGGUACAACUUAAGCAUCACCGAAGGGCUCGAGGCUCUCAGUCUUGCUGCGCUGACCAGGAUCAAUCGAUGGGAUGCAGACCAACACGUCCGGCCGUUGCUGUCGGCUGUACGUGCGGAGAUAAACUCACGGAAAAUCCAUGCGUAUAACAACAUCCAUAUCUGGACUGCACGACGGCCCCUACAGUGA